AAAACAAUUCAUUAAAACACAAAACAAAUCUAUCCCUCACAAAUUCUCCACCCAAUUUAUGUUUACUUUUUUAAAAAUAAAAAUAAAAAAUAGUCUUGGUAGUGUUACAAAUAAUUAUUCCUUUGGUUUCAACUUCAGGUUCAGAAACACGCAGUUCGAGAAAAAUCAAGAUUGCCGGACAGAAAAUCCCUUCUUGAGAACUUUCAAGCUAUGAUGUCAUCAAGUGAGCAAAGAAGGGAAGCUGGAGGAGAGGGAGAAGGAUCAUCAUCAACGACCGCAAUUACUUUAGCACAAUCCGAUGACCACCAUCAUCAUCAUCAGCUAUCACCACCUCCUCAGCUAAGCCGUUACGAGUCUCAGAAACGUCGUGAUUGGAAUACUUUUGGUCAAUACUUGAAGAAUCACAAACCCCCAGUUCCUUUACCCCAGUGUAACUACAACCACGUGUUAGAUUUUCUUCGAUACCUAGAUCAAUUCGGAAAAACUAAGGUACAUUUAAAUGGAUGUGUAUUUUUUGGACAAGUUGAACAAGUUGGACCAUGUACAUGUCCACUUAAACAAGCAUGGGGAAGUUUAGAUGCACUAAUUGGAAGGCUUAGAGCUGCUUAUGAAGAAAAUGGAGGAUUACAAGAGACUAAUCCAUUUGCUAAUAGUGCUAUAAGAAUUCAUCUACGUGAGGUAAGAGAUUCUCAAGCUAAAGCAAGGGGAAUUCCUUAUAAGAAGAAGAAAAAAAAGAGGAAAAUUCAAAUUAAUUCUAGUAAUAACAAUGAGGUAAAUUCCUCUUGAUUUUCACAAGAGGGAAAAAAAACAAAUGGUAAAAUUUCUUUCUUUUAUAAUAAGAAGGUUACUUCAAUUUGCUUCUAGGA